GCCGAGCGGGGGCGACCUCCUUCACGUGGCGGAAGGUUGUCUGGCAGCCACCCCUCAAGCGCACCUACAAGCGCCCGCAGACCUUGGCCUGGAAGGUGGUGCUUCGAUGGUUUAUGCACAUACAGAAGGGGCGCCACAGACUUCGUACGCUGGUCACCAGGCUUCAGAUGGCCCAUGUUCUUUGUGAUAGUGAUCCGCCCCAGCGCGCAGUCAUACUUCAGGCUUUCAGUGAAGUUGGUGGGUACCUCCGUAACAUCAUGCGCAGCCAAGUGGUGCUCCACCAGAUGCCUGAGAAUGUGCAGGCUUUCCUGAAAUCUGGGCUGCAGGUCUUGGUUGCACCUGGCUUCGAGGACCUCCUGCGCUCGGUCGGGAACGAGGCCACUCGGCUGCGCAAGGAGGACCAGCGGGAAUCCUACCGAGCUUGGAUGCAGUUCCAACGUAAGGCCUUUCAGUCAGGGGCCUCUAUUGCUCACCGUGUCACCAAGGUGCGGCCGCUGGAGCAGGCCGCAGAGUGGCCAUGUCUUCCGAAGCGUGACGCCGACACCCUGAGGAAGGUGACACUGACAUUCCCUAGAAAGACCUCGACGGGGCCCUGCGCAUUACACCCACGCUUGCUGUGGCACUUGUCAGAUGAGUCGCUCGAGAUGCUGGGCAGCUUCUUUGCAAGGUGCGAGCAACUGCUCGCAUGGCCUGCAGAUCGGCUCUGGUCGAUGAUGUGUCGUAUUCCCAAGGCUGAUGAGGGACAUCGCCUGAUUGCGGUGGUCCACACUUUCCAGCGCAUUUGGGGCAGGGCCCGACGUGGCAUAUCUCGGCAGUGGGAGCAGCAGCAUCGCACGGACAAUGUGUGGGGCAACAGGUCCCGCUACACCUCGUCGGACAGCGCUUUUAGCCACAACUUGGACUCGGAUGUGGCUGUGCUGAGGGGCCAGUUCAGUGCGACGGUCUUACCAGAUCUCACGAAGGCGUUCGACAUGGUGCGGCCGUCGCAGCUGUUUCGCGAGGGCUGCUUGCUUGGCUAUCCACCGAAGAUGCUGUACAUGUUGCUCAAGAUGUACGCCCAGCCGAG